AUGAACGGUUUCAACGGCACCGUCUCGCCUGGCGGCAUGUACGUGAAGGCGCUCUACGACUACGACGCCGACGACCGCACCAGUCUGAGCUUCCGACAGGGCGAUAUCAUCCAGGUGAUUACCCAGCUCGAGAGUGGCUGGUGGGAUGGAGUCAUCAACGGGGUCCGGGGCUGGUUUCCCAGCAACUACUGUGCCGUGGUACAGCGGCAGAGCGAGGACGUCGAGGACGAUAGGAACGGUGCAGAGGCCGACGAUGACCACGACACGCGGUCGCUGGGCGGGACCGACUACACCAACUCGGACACGGAAUCGCUGGGCGGCAACGAGACCAUCCUGCCCGUCGAGCAGCACAAUGAGGCGAACAAGGAGGAUCAGGCUGCCUACUGGAUACCCCAGGCGACACCUGAUGGAAGGCUCUUCUAUUUCAACACCCUCACCGGCGUGAGCACCAUGGAGCUGCCCCUGGAGGCGCCUGGCGCCAACGAGAGCGGCCCCCGCGACCGCGUCAACGUCUUUAUUCCAGAGUCGUCACGACCGCCCGCCGAGGCCUUUGCCUCUGGCUACAAUGUCGAUGAUACCGACGAUGAAACGUCUGCAUCCGACUUGGAAGGCCCCAAUCCCAAGGGCUCGUACAGCUCGCGCGGACCACCACAGACAAGGCAUCGCUUAUCCGACGGCCUCUCAUCAGCGACCUCCAUGGAGUCGAUGAACGCAGGGCUACCCGGCAGGUCUUACGAUGGGGUUGGUAUGAGCUUUUCGGCUGCAGCCAUCCCACCCACUGGUACCACGGCCACAUCCUUCGCGAACAGCCCAGCUGUGGGUAGCUCCAACGGCACCUCUCCACAGUCGCGCCGAUAUUACGACGAUGUCAAUCCGGUCCCUCUGACCUGGAAUAGAAUGGUAGAAGACAUGCGCCGAGCCGUCGAACUCUAUCGACAGGCGAUCAACAACAGUGCGCGCUCAGAAUUCGUCAAGAGGGCAGAGGACAUCUCUGAUCACUUGAGACUAUUGCUAGCGGCAGGCUCAGGGACCACCGACAAUCAUUCUGGCAAUCCCUCUAUCAUAUCUACUAACAAAGCUCUUUAUCCUCACUUCAGGGAAACCAUGUCGCGCUUCUCUAAACUCGUUUUAUCUUCGCACAUUGCAGCAUCUGACUUUCCACCACCUGAUUCGUACUCAAAGUGCUUAAAAGAGGCGGAUGGUGUCCUGAAUGGGGUGUUUGGAUUCGUUGAAGUAGCCCGCCAACAACGCGGCGAAGAGAUCCCAAGGCUUGUACCUGGCUUUAUCGUAGGCCCAAAAGCAGGAGGUAGCUGGCAAAACAACGGUACAGAUGCUCGAGAUGGCGGCUCCUCGGUGUCUUUUAUCAAUCAAGAAGACUACGAUCCGCCCAUAGAACCUACGAUCAAGCUCGACUUGCGCGUGCUGGAAAGGCUGGAAGAAUACAAGAAAAUGCUCGUGUCGAGCCUCCGCCGGCUAGACGAACACCUGGUGAUUCGAGACAAGAUUGUCACACAUCAACGACACCGGAUGAUAGGCGAUCAGAUCUGUAACGCGACAGCAAAGGUCUUGGACAUAUGUAGACCGUGGCUAUCGACGAUAGAAUCGGUGAACCUGUCCUCGCUAAACUACGACAGUCAUGGACAACAGCUGAGUGAGUUCAGCAUUCAGAAGCAGAAGGCCUAUGAUGUGGUUGCGGAACUUGUGAUUGCCUGUCAGGGAGUGGCAGCGCCAUUGGGAGAUGAAUGGGCUGAACUUCGGGGUGAUUCACUCGAGGAUCGGAUCAAUGCUGUGCGCGCUGUCUCGCGAGAUCUCGAAGCCACCGCUGCGCAUCAAUUUGGACUGCUCCAGCAAUUGUCAGAUUCCAUGCCCCUGGCCGACAUGGUUUCUCGUAGCGGAGACGAUCCACGAAGAUACACAGAUUCAGAGGUACCGAUUUCGCAUGCACGUGGACCUUCAGGACUCCAGAGGCCUCUACUCAAGGACUUGCCACAGUCGCAAACUUACAGUGAAGGCACCCACCCAGGCUUAGAUGAAGGAGGAAAAAUUGAGCCCAUCACUCGGGGAGUCAACAGCACCAAAGUCGCAAAGUUCUUUGGUGAAGUCCCCGUCAUGCCACCCGCUGCUCUUGAGGAAACCCCAGAAUACCUGAAGCUCGAUCACGAAGGCGAAAUCUCAUACGAUCAUAAGUCAAUUCCUCCACAACUGCGUGGGGGUACAUUGGCAGGUCUUGUGGAACAACUAACACGACAUGACCGCCUUGAUGCAGCCUUCAACAAUACAUUUCUGCUCACCUAUCGAUCCUUCACGACUGCUUCUGAGCUGUUUGAGAUGCUCGUGAAGCGAUGGAGCAUACAACCGCCCCAUGGCCUCGACAAGGAAGAUUAUCAAGUUUGGGUGGACAAGAAGCAAAAGCCCAUCAGGUUUCGUGUUGUCAACAUUUUGAAGAGUUGGUUCGACAAUUUCUGGAUGGAAGGCAACGACGAGGAAGCAAAACUAUUGAUUCAAAGAGUGUACAACUUUGCAAAGGAUCACGUGGCAACGACGAGCACUCCUGGAGCAGCUCCUCUGAUGACAUCGGUUGAGCAGCGCUCUCGUGGCCCAGACAUGCCAACCAAACGGCUCGUACUCACUUUGAGCGCCCAGACGCCGCAGCCAAUUCUACCGAAGCACAUGAAGAAGCUAAAGUUCUUGGACAUUGACGCGACCGAGUUUGCCCGUCAACUCACUAUUAUCGAAUCGAGACUGUAUGGCAAGAUUCGGCCGACCGAAUGUCUCAACAAGACAUGGCAGAAGAAGCUGGUGCCUGGCGAGCCUGACCCAGCAGCGAACGUGAAGGCUCUUAUUCUUCAUUCGAAUCAAUUGACCAACUGGGUGGCGCAAAUGAUUCUCACACAACAGGAUGUCAAACGAAGAGUGAUUGUUAUCAAACAUUUUGUCAACGUUGCAGAUAAAUGCCGCCAACUCAACAAUUUCUCCACGUUGACAUCCAUCAUCUCGGCGCUUGGCACUGCGCCAAUCCAUCGCCUAAACCGAACAUGGAGCGCUGUCAACCAGCGAUCGAUGGGCGUGCUUGAGAGCAUGCGCAAACUCAUGGGUAGCACUAAGAACUUUGCGGAGUAUCGGGAUACGCUACACAGAGCGAACCCGCCCUGCAUUCCGUUUUUCGGCGUGUAUCUCACUGACUUGACCUUUAUCGAGGACGGCAUCCCGUCGCUGAUUAAGAAGACCAACCUCAUCAAUUUCGCCAAGCGGGCGAAGACGGCGGAAGUGAUCCGCGACAUUCAACAGUACCAGAACGUGCCGUACCCGCUACAGCCAGUGCCCGAGUUGCAAGACUACAUUCUCACCAACAUGCAAUCGGCGGGCGACGUGCACGAAAUGUAUGAAAUGAGUUUGACGGUGGAGCCGCGCGAACGAGAAGACGAGAAGAUUGCAAGGAUGGACAAAGGUGCGAUCAUGGACUGCAACACUGUAACGUCGGAUGAUGACCUGGGAGUAUGGGCACCGGCACAGCACGGGACGUGGUCAGACUACGAGCUGAGGACAGCACAGCACAGCACAGCACAGCUCGAGCCACGGUCGAGAGACUAG